AAUAUCUGAGAAAUCCAAUCUGAAACGUCGACGUUUUAAUCCUUUUCCGAACUCCCUUAUCCAAUCCAUGGCGUUGCUCUGUAUCGCUUCCCAAAUUAGAAGAGAGUGAACAGAGUACAGUGAACGCCGGCCAUGGCUCUGCUUCGUCUUCCUUGUUCUUCAUCUUCCUCCUUCAUCCGCUCCAAGCAACGCCACCCAAUCUUUCUCGCAUCUCUCUCAUGCCCGCAAAAUCCAUCUCAUUCUAUCCAUGGCGACAUCCAUCUCUCUCUUUCUACUUCUCUCACUCACCACCCUUCCAUUUCCAUUAGGGCUAAAAGAACCAGCAAGUCGAUUUUCCAGUUUGUCUCGGCCUCCCAUGACGAAACAGUAGCGAGAGUUCCUUCUGAAAGCGAAGGUCCGAAGAUUGGUGCUGAUGAAUUUUCUCGAACCAGAUUGCUUGCGCAGAACGUGCCUUGGAAUUCUACUCCUGAGGACAUUCGGUCUCUGUUUGAGAAAUAUGGAACUGUCCUCGACGUGGAGCUUUCGAUGUAUAACAAGAUCAGAAACAGGGGCUUGGCGUUUGUCACAAUGGGAUCACCUGAGGAGGCUCUUACGGCGCUCAAUAAUCUCGAAUCGUAUGAAUAUGAGGGUCGUACUCUGAGGCUCAAUUAUGCAAAGAUUAAAAAAGAAAAACCUUACCCCCCUCCUGUGAAACCAAAACCAGUUACUUUUAAUUUGUUUGUGGCAAAUUUGCCAUAUGACGCAAGAGCAAAGGACCUCAAGGAGUUCUUUGAUUCGGGGAGUGGUAAUGUAGUUUCUGCACAAGUUAUUUUUAAUGAGAAUCCGAGAAGGUCUUCUGGAUAUGGUUUUGUGGCCUUCAAAACAAAGAAGGAUGCUGAAGCAGCCAUUUCUGAUUUCCAAGGGAAGAUUUUCAUGGGGAGAACACUUCGUGUUGCCCGUAGUAAGCAGUUUGCGAAACUUCCCUCCGAAGAUAAAUCCCAAUCUGAAGUUACAUCAACUGAUGUUAGUGUGGAGCUAGCUAAUGCUGCUGCUCAAGUUUAAAACACGAAAGCUGGUGGACUAAAGAGUUUGCCAUUGACCUUUUAUUUUUCUUUUUCUUUCUCUUCUUUCUUUUUCCUUUUUGGAGGUAAUGCUAUCUAGUUAUUUGAGUAAAGAACAUAUUACUUUUCUCUUUCCUUUUACUUAUAAAUCUCCUACAUCUUAUGUUUAAAGGACUCGAAGUUGGAUACCCCAAAAGAAAUCGCACAUUACUGAAAAUCCAUAUGGACUAACGAGUGUAUAUUACAUCAUUUAUUUUAUCUUUUCCCCAUUCAUUUAAGUCUCAUUACCCACCCUUGACUCUUGAGUUAUUUAAGAUAUUUAGUUGACCUCUUUUUCUC